GUCCUUUCUACGGCUGUCGUGGCCUUCUCAGUGAAACGUCAUCAAUAGGCUCCCUUCUUGUUGUAACGUUAGUGGUUUUGGUCGGCAGGAGUUCAGUCACAGGAGGCAGUCAGCUAGAUUCAUUCUUUUUACCCACAGUGUCCUAAACAUAUACUAUUAAACAAAAUGCCUGGACCCGCAGUCAGUGCUACAAAUGUUGGUGCCUCCAGCCGUUCCCCCAGUAAGAGCGUGGCCCCCCGCACCGCUGGCACCUCAGUCAGACAGAGGAAAGCCCCUAGCAGUGGUGCUCGCAGCGGAGGCAGAUCCACAGCAUCAGCUGGCACUGGAGGGAUGUGGCGCUUUUACACUGAGGACUCACCAGGACUUAAAGUUGGUCCAGUACCAGUUUUAGUGAUGAGUCUGCUCUUUAUAGCAUCUGUAUUCAUGCUGCACAUCUGGGGAAAAUACACCCGCUCCUAAACCUGCACCUCUGGACUCCGACCCUGAAACCUGUCACUGAAUCUUAAGCCAUUGGACUUGGACCAAACUCUGACUAUCAACACCCCAAUCCCUUUUUCUUUUAUAAAACCUCCAUUUCAAGGGGUUUUCACCCCCACAGAAGUUUACCCUGCAACUACAACCAUUUGGUAAUUUAAAAAGCAUCAGUUUUUUUUUUUUUUUU